AGAUUAAAAAAAAAAAAAAAAAAAAAAAAAAGAGAGAAAAGGCGCAUCUUCUGACAUCUCAGCUAGUACAGCUAUACAUACGCAACGCACAGCUUGUGCUAUAAGGUCUCUCCAUCACCAUCUUCACCCACUUCAACCUCGAGACAUCGUCAAACACACUCAUGAUAAUCUCUCGCUCUAGCGUCCUCUUCUGUUCUCACAACUGCCGCUGAAUUCUCCGUCGCUCUCUCCUUCUCGCCGGAAAAUCUUUCUCCUUCCUUACUUCCUUUCCUACUCUUUCUCUAUUUCUCUUUAACAUUCAGUCACGGACCUCUGGAGAUUGAUUCCUGGAAAAAGCUUUUUCACCGUCGUUUUACGUUAGAAACCGUUUCGAAACACUAUAGAUUUUUUUUUAUGUUUCCUUUUUUUUUUUUUAGAAAAAGAUGGAGGUGAUUGAGCUCUGGUUGUCGUUUCUUUAGCAAUAAGAAACUUUGGUUUUGGUGUUUUCUUUCAUUUUGUUUUCAUUUGAUUUGGAGAAGAGAAACUGAAUGGCGGUGGAGUAUAAGUGCUGUGGAACGGAUUUCUUUAUAGACGUUUUGAUAAUAGUACUUCUGGUGAUGUUCGCUGGAUUGAUGUCUGGGCUUACUUUGGGGCUUAUGUCUAUGAGUAUCGUCGACCUUGAAGUUCUUGCCCAGUCUGGGACACCGAAAGAUCGCAAACACGCAACAAAGAUAUUACCCGUUGUCAAAAAUCAGCAUUUGUUGCUGUGCACGCUACUCAUUUGCAAUGCUGCUGCCAUGGAGGCACUUCCGAUUUUUCUUGAUAAUCUGGUUACAGCUUGGGGUGCUAUUCUAAUUUCGGUAACCUUGAUUCUACUAUUUGGUGAGAUUAUUCCUCAAUCUGUCUGUUCUCGGUAUGGUUUGGCAAUUGGGGCAAAAGUGGCUCCAUUUGUUCGUGUUCUUAUGUGGGUCUGCUUCCCCGUUGCUUAUCCUAUAAGCAAGCUUCUGGAUUUCCUACUUGGCCAUGGACAUGUAGCUCUGUUUCGCAGAGCUGAGUUGAAAACACUUGUAAAUUUUCAUGGUAACGAGGCAGGAAAAGGUGGAGAACUGACCCAUGAUGAGACAACGAUUAUAGCUGGAGCACUUGAGCUCUCUGAGAAAACAGUUGGUGAUGCCAUGACUCCUAUAUCUGAAACUUUUGCCAUUGAUAUUAAUGCCAAACUUGACAAGUAUUUGAUGAAUUUGGUAUUGGAGAAAGGGCAUAGCAGAGUGCCAGUUUAUCAUGAGCAACCUACAAAUAUAAUUGGACUUAUUCUGGUCAAGAAUUUAUUGACAAUUCACCCAGAAGAUGAAACACCUGUAAAGAAUGUCACCAUACGUAGGAUUCCGAGGGUUUUAGAAAGUUUGCCAUUAUAUGAUAUAUUGAAUGAGUUUCAGAAAGGUCACAGCCACAUGGCUGUUGUCGUAAGACAGUGCAACAAGACUGAGGAGAAGACAACAGGCGAUGCUGCUAGUAAUCCAGUAACAGAAGUUAGAGUUGAUAUUGAUGGCGAAAAGCCUCCUCAAGAGAAUGCUUUAAAGAUCAGAAGGCGGAGGAGCUUUCCCAGUAGUAGAAGCAAUUCAUUUAAGGGAAGCAAUUCAUUUAAGGGCUCAAGGAGCAAGAAGUGGACAAAGGACAUUGACUCAGACAUCUUGCAUAUAAAUGACAAUCCACUUCCUCAAAUUCCUGAAGAAGAAGAAACUGUAGGCAUAAUAACAAUGGAAGAUGUGAUUGAAGAGCUUUUACAGGAGGAGAUCUAUGACGAGACUGAUCAUCAUUUGGAGGACUCAUGACACUGGCCUUCAAUGAGGAGCAGAAUCUAGAUAAUCACGAAAAAUUUGUUAAAUUCAUUGAUAAGAAACUCUUGUUUACUAUGUAUUGCUUGUAUCAAGAAAAACAAAAUACUACAAGAUUUACGAUACGGAUA